AUGGCGGCAGAAAAGGAAUCUUACAGCAAAUUUUUGUUCACCGAUGACAACGGAGAACCUCUCAUAUUUUACAUGCGACCAUGUGCUGCAAAAACAACACUAAAACCUUUGGUAGAGAAUGGAGGCGGAGGGAUGACUGUCAAAGUAACCAAAAAAUGCAUCAAGCUUGCUGUAGAGACAGACCAGAUUUCAUCAGAAGAUUAUAUAUCAACGAAGUAUAUCCUGGAUUGUGUGAAAGAUAAUAAACUCCUGGCUAUAGAUAAAUACAGAUUAAAACCAAAGAAAUGCAGUGCUGACCAUUCUUUAGAUGAGGUAGAAAUUUCAGAUGACCUCAGUCCUGCUGCCAAAAUCCAGAAAACAGGAACACUUCCAUUAGGACGUCAAAAAUAUACCUUGCAAGAGGACCUGUCCAUUCUGAACUAUUUCGAGAAGAACAGGGAAUCUAUCUCUAUGUGGAAUGGCCUGAAGGUGUGGCAAACUAUGAGUUUACUUCAGGUUACUGAACACUCAGCUGAGUCCAUGAAGGACAGAUUUAGGAAGAAAAUCCUGCCAAAGUUAGAUUCAUACAAUGUGUCCAGUAAUCUCAAGUUUUUAUUUACCAAGAAAACAAAAUAUAUCACAGAAUGUUCUCUGAAGCAAGUGGAGAGUGGACACGGAGAUUCUUUUGAUGAAUACUUACUGGAUAGUGUAACUACAGAGUCUCCAAAAAAGGGGAGUUACUCUAUCCGAGUUGUGUUGAAAGAUGUGCUGAAGUCAGAUAAAGAAAAAUCCUCACCACCAAAGAAAGCUAUGUCUGAAUUUUUAUCACCGAAGGAAAAAAGUGCGAAGGAAAAUAGUGUAGAGAUAGGAAAAACUAAACAAAAAUCGACUCAACUUUCUGAUGAUUUAAAUAAGGGUAUGCAGAAAAUGGACGAGGAAGUAGGUCAACAUGACGGUCCUUCACUGAGGAAAAGGAAAACAAACAAUGUCAAACAAUGUUUUGACUCAUCAUCCCAGUCAAGUAAGGAAGCCAGUGAUUCCAUUACUAGACUGAAGAAGAGACCAAAGACAUCUGUUAAUCAACCCAGUAUGGUUGAAAAACAGAGAGACAAAGGCACUCUAAAGCCGUCUUCAGCAAAAUCACCCCUGCCUUUAUCAAGGUCCAAUGUGAAGAAUGCUAAUGGACUGCACCAUACAUCUGAUAAAGCUAAACGGCUGGACUAUGUUAUGGAGAAAUUCUUCGAAUCUGAAGAAGAUAAGAUUUUCCAACUGAAAUAUUUUGAUGAAUUCGCUCCUUCAGAGAGAACCAUCCACAAUUUAGAAAAAGAAAGCAGCGAGGAGGAAGACCAGAAAGAUGUUAAAGAGGAAGAAAUAGAGGAGACCAUCUACUUUGUUAAGGACCUGAUGAAAAAAUAUGAUCUGACAGCUAAACAGGUGCUUCAUGCUCUCUUCAUCAACAAUGGCUGCUGUGACGACACGAUGAGCUGGAUAGAGACUGGCCUCAACACAGCAGGAUUACCGGCCUGGGAUCACCGUGACGAUGAAAGACUGAUGAUGAGUUCUGUGGAGGAGAGCACAUUAGACACACUCCGGACAAAAUAUGGAAGGAAGACGGUCACCAACAGACUUAUGUUUCUGGAGGGAUUAUGACGGUCUAAAAUAUACCUGGUCGAAUAGGUGGUCACUUACAGACUCGUUUCCAGAGAGACUGUGACAGUGGAAAAUAAACAAGGCUAAGACUUAUUCACAUGACAACACGGUGAUCAUCAAAUAAUUAUUCCUUAGGAAGUGUCGGUCACAUGACAACACGGUGAUCAUCAAUUAUUUAUUCCUUAGGAAGUGUGGGUCACAUGACAACACGGUGAUCAUCAAUUAUUUAUUCCUUAGGAAGUGUCGGUCACAUGACAACACAGUUAUCAUCAAUUAUUUAUUCCUUAGAAAGUGUGGGUCA